AGAGAAAAUAAAACGCCGCAGAGAUACAUUUGCACACAUUACUGAUUACCAGAACAAACCCCUUAUAGCUUCUUGUAUAAUCUCUCUAUGAAACACAACAAAAGAGCAAAUAAAUAAAUGCAGCUUCCAUUUUUUUCUAUUUUUCUAUAAAUGUAAAAGCAUUUUGGUUGAGGAGAGAAAAGAUUCAAUUUUUUGUUCUUUCUGGGUUUGCAAAAAAAACCAAUUUGUUAAUUAAAGAUCAUUUGCUAUGAUCUUGAUUUUGACUUUGUUUUCUCUCAUAACCUCCCUCUCAUCUUCAUAUGGAUAUGACCCAUUAGAUCCUCAUGCUAACAUCACGAUCACAUGGGAUUUCAUUCUUAAAACUGAUUCGUCCUAUGAUAUAACAGUAUCAAUACACAACUUUCAACUAUUCAGGCACAUAGAAAAGCCUGGAUGGAAACUGGGUUGGACAUGGAAAGAAGACGAAGUUAUAUGGAAUAUGUGGGGUGCUGAGGCAACAGAGCAAGGGAAUUGUUCAAAAUUCAUUGGGGGUGGAGGAAAACUUCCUCAUUGUUGUGAGAAAAAUCCGACCAUUGUUGAUCUCAUGCCUGGAGCUCCUUACAAUAUGCAAGUUUCAAAUUGUUGCAAAGGAGGUGUACUAACUUCUAUGGUCCAAGAUUAUUCAAAAAGCUUGUCUGCUUUUAGAAUGGUUAUUGGAUCAUUUAGCAACAAUAUUACUAAUAUUAAUAUGCCUUUUAAUUUCUCUCUUGGACUGCCUGGUUAUAGCUGCGGAGACCCUUUUCAUGUCCCUCCCACCAAAUUUAGUCAUGAUGGUGGCCGCAGAUUUACACAAGCUCUCGAGACAUGGAAUGUUACCUGUUCCUACUCCCAAUUCCGGUCGUCACCUGCACCCAAAUGCUGUGUUUCACUAUCUUCUUUCUACAAUGAUACUAUUGUGCCUUGUCCACAAUGCAGCUGUAAUUGUCAAGGACUACCUGGAACAAAAUGCGUAAAGCCUGGUGAAACUCCUUCACUCUUAGAACUUCCACCUACACAUGUGACACAAGAAGUACCACCUUUAGUGAUGUGUUCACAUCACAUGUGCCCCAUACGGGUACAUUGGCAUGUAAAACAAAGUUAUAGACAGUACUGGAGGGUCAAAAUCACCAUCACAAAUCUCAAUUUUGUGAAAAACUAUUCACAGUGGAACUUGGUGGUUCAACAUCCCAAUUUACAGAGUCUGACUCAAGUUUUCAGCUUCAGCUAUCACGACCUUCAUCAGUAUGGAAACAUCAAUGACACUGGGAUGUUUUGGGGGAUUCAGUACUACAACGAUAUGUUACUGGUUUCAGGGAGUAGUGGAAAUGUUCAAUCCGAGAUAUUACUACGCAAAGAUCCAGGGCAUUUCACAUUCAGAGAAGGAUGGGCUUUUCCUAGAAGAAUUUCCUUUAAUGCUGAUGAAUGUGUUAUGCCCCUUCCAGAUGACUAUCCAAGACUCCCAAACAGCAGGGGUCAUUCUUCCACCUUAACCCCACCUUUAAUAUUCUUUCUCUCCCUGUUUUCAUUUGCAUUCUUGUAAUUCUAAAAGAAUCGUUAUAUACUUCGCAUACAGUUUGUUUUCUAGUGCCCGCCCUACUCGCAGCCUUGCAGAUAUUUUUAGGAAUAUGACUUUGAGAUUCGACAGCAUGAUGACAGCUGUAAAGUUCCGACAAAAAAUGAUUAAGAAAAAGUAUAUAACAUUACUUGGCUUACUAACAGCUUGACAUCGUUGUUUGCCAAUUUGGUCUAAUAAAAUAAAUAAAUAAAAAGGAAAAGUUGAGAGCUAUGACUUUUCUGUU